CUGGUCUGCAUUACAACAGACAAUGGAUGGCCCUAACAUUGUCGCUGCAAUAAGAAAUCUUGGCUGGCCAUGGCUCAGCUGCUUUGGCCACAACCUCCACCUUGCUGUUUCCCAUGGUCUAGACAGUGACAAAGAACGUACAGCACGUGCCAUAGGACUCUGUAAAAGUUUGGUCAACACUUUCAACCUGAGCUUCUUUAAAAAGAGAGAUCUGAGGAAGGCACAGAAUGAAGCUAAUCUCCCUCAGCACAAUCUCAUUCUGGAUGUUGUCACACGAUGGGGCACUAAACAGAAGAUGAUCGAGAGGGUGUUGGAGCAACUCCCAGCCAUCAGACGAGUCCUGGUACAAGACAGAAAGCACAGCCAUCUCACUCCAACCUGGCAGGAUGUUGCGGUGUUGGAGUCCAUCAAUGCAGCUUUGAAGCCACUGGCUGACUUUACAGAUGUCCUUUCAGGAGAAACAUACGUCACAGUGUCCUCUGUUAAGCCUGUGCUAGAACUGAUUAAAGGCGACCUUCUCUCUCCAGGCCCUGAUGACAGCACAAUGACUGCCAGUAUUAAACAAAACGUAUGCAAGAUACUGACUGAAAAAUAUAGCUCACCUGGCAUCCAAAAUCUCCUGAUAAAGGCCACCAUCUUGGAUCCAAGGUACCGUGGCAGCAUGGAGGAGGCAGGGUCAUUGGAUGAUGUCAAACAUCAGCUGGUGCAAGAGCUACUGGACUUAAAAGGGCCAGAAGUAAGGGAAGAAGGUGCAAGUGGUGAGGGUUCCAGCCAAGCUGCUGGAGGAAACAAACAUGAAUCUACAGCUGACCCACCCACCAAGAAGAAGAGGCUAAGUGACCUUCUUCAAAACAGAAGAGCUGAACUCACAGUUCAGACACAAGCUACAUAUCCAAAAAGAGAACAGGCUGAUGCAGAACUGACAAAGUUCCUUCAAGAAGAUGCUAUUGAUGCCUCUUGUGAUCCCUUGAUGUGGUGGUGUGACAAUCAAAGAAGAUAUCCUUUGAUGGCAAACUUGGCUAAAAAAUACAUGUGCAUUUGUGCAACAAGCACCAGUUCAGAGAGAAUGUUUAGCACAGCUGGAAACAUUGCUACUCCUGAGAGAUCUUGCCUUAAGCCACACAAACUCAACAUGUUGGUAUUUCUUGCUCGGAAUCUCUGACUAAAGUAGCUACAGAUAUGCCUAAAGAUUGUUGAGGCAUCUGGUCUUAUUUAAAAAUGUGCUUGUUUCUUUGCACUAUUUGUUUGUAAAAUGGCAGUUUUCCCCAUCUUUAUUUAAAUCUAAUGAUAUACAGACUUCAUAAUCU